UGCAUAAUGCAUCAUACGCCGGGCGUGGCGCCCUUACCCUAGCUGUGCAGCUAGACAGGUCUUCCAGGACAAGAACCUCUGAGUGCGAGGUUUGACUUUUUAAGUUUCUCAGCUCCCACGGUUUCAGGCAUUCAUUAUCAUGUUUAGCUGGACCUUUUCAAAGCAAAAGCUGAAGCUCACUUCUAGCAUCUGCAUUCCUGCAUUGGAAUAUCAGCUUCUUGUGGAACAUGGCACCGCUGGCGGUCGUGCGCGUCCGAGCACAGCUGCUGUCGCCUGCUGAGCAACCUCUCCACUGCUCGGUGCAGCAAGCACUGCUCAGGGAGUGCACUCCAAUUGGCGCACGCAAUGGAAGAUCAAUAACUCAGCUCCAGCAUAUCAGCAACCCAGCAAUUGGGAGCAGAUUCGCUGGUGUACUAGGCAGACAGGGGAAGACUGACUCCAAGUCCAGCUUCUUGUAUGGGUUGAGCUGCAAUCGGCGCAGGGUUGGUGCAGACACAAAUGACGCUCAGCUGAGCGCUGCCAGAAGGUCCGCUAAUCGCACCUUACCCGUCCGAGCCACAGCCCCCCAGGAAGAAGAACCUGUCUCUUCGAAUACCCCCGACCUUCUAGUUGCCAGACGCCAGGUGUUGGCUGCAGGGGGGGCCACAGCGGCAGGGCUCUUGCUGCCCAGCCAGGGCCAAGCCGCACCAAUUGUGCUGCGUCCAGCGGAUUUGGCAGCCUGUGCCGACGACUGCUGUGUGAACAUCAGACCCAAUGGAAUUCCCCCACGGGUCCCCUUCACUCCAUUGGCGGGCCCUGUUCGUACGAGAAAGGCCACUGGCAACUUGACAACUCAGGAGAGGAGGAUGUUCAACAGAGCGUACCAACUGCUCAGGCAGAAGGCCAGAGAAGAUCCAACCGACCCCCGCUGGUACUUGCAACAGGCCCAUGUACACUGCGCAUACUGCAACGAGUUGUACCAGUACAGUUUCCAAGGGGCCCGGUACCCGCUCCAGGUCCACUCCAGCUGGCUGUUCCUCCCGUGGCACCGUUUGUACCUCCACUUCCACGAGCGCAUUCUCAUCAGCCUGCUCAAAACCGACCCGGAGUUUGCGAGCCAGGCGGAUAGCUUCGCCCUCCCCUUCUGGAAUUACGAUGCGCUGAAUGCGGCCUCCCCAGACUGCCGGACGCCCCAAAUCUACGUCGAUCAGACCGGCCUGCCCUUCCUUUAUGAUUCGACGAGAUCCGAGCAAUCAAAGUCGACGCUGGUCUCCUUCAACCGAGCCGCGCCGACACUGCCCGCCGCGCAGGUCAUCAGCGACAACACCGCCACGAUGCGCGCGCAGAUCUUCCAGGCCACCACCGCAAACCUGUUCUUCGGAAACCCCUUGCGCGCGGGGGAUCCCUUGUCUCGGCGGCGACCGGGGCAGCUCGAGAUCAGCCCGCAUAACCCGGUACACGUAUGGGUCGGGGGAAACAUGGGCCAGUUUGGCACGGCUGGCCAGGACCCAAUCUUUUAUGGGCACCACGGAAACUUGGAUAGGCUAUGGAGCGUGUGGCUGACGCUCCCGGGGGGCAAUCGAAGGAAUUUCGUCGAUCCGGAUUGGCUGGGGGCGAGCUUCCUGUUCUUCGACGAGAACCGCAACCUGGUCGAGGCCAAGGUCUCCGACGCAAUCAACACUCAGGCAAGCCUCCGCUACGCAUACGAGGACGUCCCUAUCCCUUGGGCGACCGCGCCCGCCCCCGCGCCUCGUAAUUUUGCGCCCUCGCAACGUCGCCUGCUCGCCGUGGAUGAGGUGACGCAGAAACUCGACUCCCUCGGACCUGCCACGUCAGCAUCCCCGGCUGUUCAGCUGAACAAGGAGCCGUUGGUCAUCUCGAGCGUGCCGCGAUCGCCGCCGUCCGAUCUAGGGGCGGGGCGAAACCCGGGCGCGGUUGCGGGUCUGCUGAGGAGCUCGGGGGUUAGCGGGCUGGCGAGGAGAGCGGGGAUUGGGGCGUUGACGGUCCCCGACUUCCAGGAAGAGGUCCUCGUCCUCCAGGGCGUCUCCUACCCGUCCGACCAACCGGCGCACUUCAACGUCUUCAUCAACCUGCCCGAUGCCACUCCCAACACGCCCCUCGACUGCGCCCAAUAUGCGGGCUCGUUCACCACGGUCCCCAUGGGGAUGAUGAUGUCACAGACGAUGACGUCAGAGGUGGACGUCAGGAUCUCGAUCAGCAGCGUCCUGGAGAGCCUCGGCCUGACGGACUCGAGCGACUUCGGCGUGACGAUCGUGCCGGCGGCCGGCGAGGGGUCCGAGUUCGGUGACGUCAGCAUCAAGGGCGUCGCCAUCGAGUACGACUCGUAGCGCGUCGGCAUGCUGAUCCAGGCUGCCGGAAAGUGGAGUAUGGAUCCGUCGGGGUGAAGUUUUGCACGACUAAUUAACGGGUUUUGUUUUGUGAGGUAACGACUGACGUAGUGUCGCGAUAGUACUGUCUGUUGAGUAUGUAAAUAAGUUUGAGAGGUAAGCGAACUUUCACGUUUUGACCAUGCGAACCUAGUCUUUGACUGACCUUGUGGUGCUCCGAAUGGUACACUGAUGAGAAGUGGAUGGAAAGCCGCUGCACUAGAGCGCGGCAACCGACUCAGCUAACAAACAAGGAUGUAACGUGUUCAGCGGCCACAUGCUUUGCUGCUACACAAGGUUUGAAGUAACGUAGGAACUGCAUUUGAAGACAUGGUUGAUCAGUCGGACGGAUAGGCUUUGAGUACUAUUAUAGCUGGUGUUUUGUAGUCGGAUCCCGACAAGACGCUUGUUAGCCUAGAGAUGCAUAACACACAUGCCAGGUCUUGCAAGUAUCGUUUCGAGGUCGCUACCUGCUCGUGCAAUACUUCUCAAGAGACAAUCUCAGUGCUAGCUUAGAGGCUGCCACUUCACUGACAAUGCAUUGGAUUGCGCGACUGUGAAUCAGAUCG